AUGUUUUUUAACCUUGUUUCAUUCACUAUAACUACCUUUAUUGCUUAUUCGGCUUUGAAAAAGUUUCAAAAGAAACAACAAAAACAGCAACCAAAUUUAAAUAAUUUUGAAAAACUAUCAACUUUAGGUACUGGAGCGUACGGCCGCGUUCACUUAUGUAAAUAUAAUCAAAAUUAUUACGCGAUGAAGGUGCUUAAAAAAUCAAAAAUUGUUCAAUUUGCUCAAGUCGAGCACACAAUUUCGGAAAAAAAUUUAUUAAGGGAUUUGGAAAAUCCUUUCAUCGUAAAAUUAUUUUGGUCCUUUAAGGAUAAAUAUAAUCUUUAUUUGAUCCAAGAGUACGUUAUAGGUGGUGAAAUAUUUACUCAUUUAAUGAAAGCACAAAAAUUUGAAGUUUCCAUUGCUAGAUUUUAUGCAUCGGAAGUUUUACUAGCACUUGAAUUCUUACAUCAAAAUGGGAUUAUCUAUAGAGAUCUCAAGCCCGAAAAUGUUUUGUUAGAUAUCAACGGGCACGUAAAACUAAUCGAUUUCGGGUUUGCUAAAAGGAUCAACAACGAAAGAGAAUAUGGUUAUGCGGCCGAAUGGUGGGCCUUCGGAAUUUUCAUUUAUGAAAUUUUAUUGGGGACCCCUCCGUUUUGUGGUGAUUCGGUAUUUGAAACGUAUAACUUGAUCAUAAAAGGAAGUCUAAAAUUUCCUAAAAAUUUCAAUCGUGACGCAAAAAUAAUCAUAAAAAAAUUAUUAAGGGUAAAUGAAACUAAAAGAUUAAAUAAUGCCCAAGAUAUUAGAGAAGAAAAAUUUUUUAAUGGAAUUGAUUGGGACAAAAUAUAUAAUAAGGAAAUCGAAGCUCCCAUUCGGCCUUCUGUUCAAAAUUCGGGAGAUACCAAAAAUUAUGGAAAAUAUUCGGAAGAGGAAGAAGUCUUAGAUUCUACUGAGGAGUACAAUGAUCUUUUUGAAGAUUUUUAA